CUCUUCUCUCCUUCGUCUCUGCAGUCUCUCCUUCACCACUCCCUCGAUCACAACCCUGCCCACACACACACACACACACACUCACUCACUCACAACUCGUGGACACAACAAACGCGUUUCCUCUACACUGACUCUUUUGCUCCUCUCCGUCCCUCAUCCUCACACGACUAUCGUUGCUGUCGCUACGGUUGCCUAAUCGUUACUAAUACCUCAACUAAUACUACUAUUUUUGCUAUAAACGUAGAGUUUGGAGCAACUACAUUUCCUGCUCAUCUUUCUUCGAAUUUGAAUUCAGAGAACAUUUUUUAUUUCUCGACGCUGUGAUGACCAACCACGAGUUUUGGAUUGUUGCCGUGCCGUCUACGGGCACGAGCGGUGAAUUGUGUGACGAAUUUCAACUCCAAAUCGGACCAGACUCUUCCAACAAGCUAGUCGACUUGGUCGUUCCUUUUCGUGUGCCUGGUUUCAAGAUCGACAGCUUGGACACAUUGAUUUCACAAAGUGAGACUCUGGAGAAACAAGACGCUACGUGCCGGAAUGCCGUGAGCAAAAUCACCGAGGUGCUCCAUGCUGCCUUUGUGGAUUCUACAGAGAGCAUGGAGGCCUACCUGACGGUGCAAAACAAAGCACCACAAGAAUAUGUGACGUCGUUUGAAUGGAACACCGGCCGUUUCUCGCCGUCUCGUGGCAUUACUGCACUUGCUGCUGGCAUAACAAAUGAAACGGAAUUGUUGGAGAAUGAUGUGCGGGCCAAGUUCAGUGCAUACCAACAAGCCAGCAAGGCGUUGCAGUCUAUCGAACGCAAGCAAUCAGGCAACCUCUCUCAGAAAUCACUUGCAGACAUCGUGCAAGAAGAGGAUGUGGUUCAGGAUUCGGAUUACUUGACGAAUGUGUUUUUGGCUGUCCCAAAGAACUUGGUAAACGAGUUUGAGUCUUCUUAUGAAACUAUGACCAAUCUCGUGGUACCUCGCUCAGCCAAGGUGUUGGCCGGAGAUGAGGAGUUUGUUUUGUACACGGUGGUUGUAUUCAAAAAGACAUCCGAAGAAUUCGAAAACAAGGCCCGUGAGAAGCACUACAUUGUUCGCGACUUUUCCUUCCGUUCAGGCAUGAAGGAGGAAGAGCAGCGGGAUUUGGAGAAUGCUUCGGUGGAAGAGAAGCGUUCUUGGACCUCGUUGGUUCGCUACGCUGCUGUCGCUUACUCAGACGCAUUCCAGGCCUGGAUGCAUCUCAAGUGUUUACGUGUAUUUGUCGAAUCUGUUUUACGCUACGGCCUUCCCCCCGACUUCUCUGCGGUGUUAUUGAUGCCCCGGGCCAAGAGUGCUAGCAAGCUCAAGAACCUUUUGAGCAAAAAGUACUCGUAUCUCGCGCAGACACCUACGAGCAAGCCUCAAGCAAAGGAGCUGGAGGAGAAGCUGGCAGACGUGAGUCUCGACGAGGAGUACCUGCCAUUUGUGUUUUAUUCUGUUAGCUUUUAGAGCGUCGCCAGUGCCUAGACUGGGCGAGUAAUUGGUCUAUAAUAUUG